GAAUAGGCCGCGAAGCAUGUGCAAGGAGGUAUUGCCUGAUGAGCAAGUGUAUUAUGUCUUUCAAGACAUGACUUGAGAGGAGGAUACCUGAGCUUAAUUACAAGUUGUAACUGACAUGGGGCUCUCAGUGGUAAAACGCGGGGCUUAAAGCUUAUAUGUUCAUAUUUAGAAAACGUCUCUCACGUUCCUUUACAAUCCCGAUUGAAGCUUCGCCGUGACUUAUUUGAAUCAACUUGAUGCUGCAGUCUUCUUCGCCAAUCCACUGAAUUAAUGUCGAAACUCGAACCGAUAUAUCAGCAGCUAUGUUCUCCUCUGGCUUCCGAGCUUCUCUCGAUCCAUCCGAACGACCUGGCAGCUUCUGGCUUUCAGCUUCCUGGAAAUUGGAAGGGUUGGUGGGAAUGGGCUACAUCAAUAGAUGAUGAAAACACACCGUACUUCCCAAGGUGGAUGUCGAUUCUCCAUUACUAUUCUGCGACGCCAGAUGACCAGCGGACGGGGAACCAAGUCCCGAGUAAUAAAUCUUCAAUCCCGCCCGAUUUGAAAGUGCUCAUCGAUGACACUGUCCGCGUCCAGUUGAGUAGAGAUCGUAUUUCCAUCGGGAACACCUCCGAGUCGGGAAAUGCUCAUCGAUCGUAUGGCAUGUCACCAAAAAAAGAGCACGAGGUCUCCAGGAUGUCAGGAUACAUCGACCAACUUUUAUGCCCAGGUUCUACGGAUACACUAAAUCAUGUUGUUGAUGUGGGUUCAGGACAAGGAUAUCUGUCUCGUGCGCUUCAGAAUUUAGGUUUCCAUGUGCUGGCUCUUGAUUCCAAUGAAAUCCAGACCUCUGGGGCUGAGCGCUGGAAAGCAAAAGAAGCGGCAAGAAGGCAGAAGCAGUUUAAAAGGGGAAAGGACGCCCAGAGCUUGCCCGACUCGCAGCAUCAUUACAACGAUCCCCUUUUCCAAUCACACGUGGCAACCUCUGUGCCUUCGGCUUCCACUGCCAGCAAAAACAUAAUACACAGCCGUACGGGUUCUCUUACCCAUCAGACAAUCUGCAUCAAUCCCCGUACACUUGAAUCGUCAAUUCAUGAUUGGCUUCUCUCCGGUGAAGACAACCAAAUCGCUGGUUGUACUAAUAUGAUCGGAGAUUUACUUGUCGAUAGGACUGAGCGACGCACACCUGAGGAGAAGCCUGUCCCUGUGAUGAUGGUUGCCCUUCACGCCUGUGGAUCACUCACGCCUGAUGUCCUUCGCGUGUUCUUGUCUAAUUACCGUAGACCCUCAGCCCCCGGUAUUCGCAUUUGGACGGCACAGGCACUCGUCGUAGUAGGAUGCUGUUACAACCUGAUGGUGUCUGAGGAUUUUCCGCUGUCACGGUCGCUGCGUGAGCGAGUCCCAGUAGCAACACUUCCCCUUGCCUCUCGCCAUUUGGCUGCACAGAUACCAUCUCAAUGGCUCCGUAAUGAAACGUCUGCCCGUGAAACAUCUCUGGCAAUACGGAAGGUCGUUUUUCGAGCCCUCCUUCAGCCUGUCCUUCAAAAAAUUGGUGCACUAGAAGCCUCCGCAAAUCAUACUGCAACCUCUUCAUCAUAUGAUGUCGAAGAGCUCCGCGGCGUAGGUCAAACACAGGAAAAUAGGCGGUUGGGAAAGCUCCCUGAUGCUGCAUACAAGGACUGGGAAACAUUUCUGGAUCGUGCAACUUCGAAGAUUGGCGUUCGACUCGACCAGAUUGCAACACAGCUUCCCGUUUAUAUUCAUGACAAGCAUAGACGAAUGCAGUUGGAAAGCGCUUUGUCGGUAUUGCACGUGUUAAGGUGCAUCAUGGGACCUCUGAUAGAAUCCCUCAUCCUCCUUGAUAGGCAUGAAUGGAUUCGGGAAGAGUUGAGUCGAAGUAGUGAAACACAGGAAUCAAGCCCAAUGGACGUUGAACUGGUAAACCUGUUUGACCAGGCAACAGGAAGUGGAAGGAACGUAGCUAUUGUUAUCAAGCCUUGUGAAUGGCCCAAUAUGAUUUAACAUUGCUUGAGCCAGUCAGACGACACCUUUCUUUUCUGUACAUCACAGUUGAACGUAUGUUAUGGAUCGAUUCAAUUGACGUGAGAGCCUUGAAAUGGCCAUGAAAAUAUAUCUUUUCCGAUCUUCACUACAAUGGUAUCCGCAUCGAACCCUCCGAUGUGGGCGGAUGAGACUCUAGCACCGAAUCG